GAUCUGCAUUUCAUUUCCAAAGUUUGGGUAGCCCUUUAAUUUGUCCUUUUAUCUGAGUGCAUGCUCAUAAAGCUUGCUGGACUUCUGUUGUAUCAGGUUCAACCAAAAAUCUCUUCCUCUUAUUCUCAGCAGGAAGUUUCAGAAUAGCAACUUGAGAUAUAGAUGGCAGGAGAAUCGGCAAGUUUUGAUGGUCAAGACGAUGCAAAUGCUUCAUUCAUAAAAAAUCAGGAGCAUGGUCUUAAAAGAUUGUCUAAGCAAAUCUCAGGUAUGAUAGAAAUCUUAGAUCCACUCGCAGCAUCAUCUCGUAAACGUUGUUGUAUCUACAAGGUUUCAGAUCACAUUCGCAAAUCAAACGAAAUGGAAGCUUAUACUCCUCAGGUAAUAUCAAUUGGGCCUAAUUUCCAUCGUAAUAACCUAAAAUUGCAAAAGAUGGAAGACUUUAAAUUGAUAUAUCUCAAGAGUUUCACAGACCGAGCCGAAACAAAGUUGGAAGAUAUAGUGAGCACUAUAAAAGAUGCGGAAGAAAGUGUUCGGGAAUGUUUUUCGGAGGCUAUACCACUUGGAAGUGAUGAUUUUGUGAAAAUGAUCCUGGUUGAUGCGAGCUUCAUUAUCGAGUAUUUCUGGAAAAACAAGACGAAAGGGAACUGGACCGAGUAUGACUGGGAAAUAUUAGAGCCGGGGUUGAGGAAUAGGAUGCAGUUGGACUUGAUAUUACUUGAAAAUCAGCUUCCUUUCUUUAUUAUUGAUAUAAUAUAUGACACUGCAUUUCCAUCUCACUCAAAAGAAGGCCCCUCGUUCAUUGAGCUUAGCUUUUGCCAGUUUGAAUAUUACAACGUUCAAAAUUUUCAUCAUUCUAAGUCGGAAACAAUAUUGCACUUCACUGACUUGGUUAGAAACUUUUGCAUGCCUCCUCGAGAAAGUCGACCGAAAAGAAGUUCUCAAAAUAUGACGGAAAUGUACAGUGCAGCCCAGCUGGAUGAGGUAGGAUUGAAGUUUAAGAAGAGAGAAUCAAUCGAUAAUAAAUAUUGGUCACCUCUUGAACUAAAAUAUGAAGACGGAGUGCUGGAAAUCCCACCGUUUCAGUUAGACAGUAGCACGGAGAUUUAUGCUCGGAACCUCGUCGCCUUUGAGGAAUGUCACUAUCGUGAAGAUCCAUAUAUUACUGAUUACUAUAUCAUGUUAAGUAUGCUUAUCAAAACAGUCAAAGAUAUGGAUGUACUUGUACGAAAGCAGAUCAUCGAUAAUUGGAUGGAUGGCGUCGUGGCAACUUCAAUGAUCAACAAGCUGUCCGGUGAAAAAUAUUUCUAUAUCCAAACGAACUCUCAUUAUCACAAGAUGGCUGAAGACUUGAACAAUUUCUAUAAUAAUCCCCCAAAGCUCAUCCCCUUGAUACGUGUUUUAUUUCGCACGCGUUUGAUCCGUGCUAUUACCAUAUCCGGUAUUGUUGUGUUCUUUGUCAAUCUGGUGCAAUGUGUAUCCUCUGUCCUAUCGCUGAAGUAGGUCUUUUAAGUUUGUUUUUUAAUUUUUAAGUAUUUUAAGCUUGUUUAUUUAAAGGUUGCCCCUUGGUGGCUCGUACCACCCCUUGUGAGGGGCUUGCCUUGUAUGAAAGAUUAAAUGGUGUACGUGCAUAUGGUAAUGAAAAAUAAUUAUUUAUUUUGUUCUCUUA